GCCGCAAGAAGCGGCCAAACUGGAUUUGGGUUCGGGGUUGGACGCGUCUGAUCGUUCCUUCAUUUUUAUUUCCUGGUGUGAUUAGGAGCGGCUUAGAUAUGUCGAAGGGUUCGGUGGUUCUGGCGUACAGCGGUGGUCUGGACACCUCCUGUAUCCUGGUGUGGCUGAAGGAGCAGGGCUACGACGUCAUCGCCUACCUGGCCAAUAUUGGACAGGAUGAGGACUUCGAUGCUGCACGGAAGAAAGCUGAGAAACUUGGAGCCAAGAAGGUGUUCAUCGAGGACCUGCGCUCCGAGUUCGUGGAGGAGUUCAUCUGGCCGGCGGUGCAGGCGAACGCCGUCUACGAGGACCGGUACCUGCUGGGCACGUCUAUCGCCCGUCCGUGCAUCGCUCGCAAACAGGUCCAGAUCGCCCGGCAGGAAGGAGCGCAGUACGUUUCUCACGGAGCCACAGGAAAGGGAAAUGACCAGAUUCGUUUCGAGCUGACGUGUUACGCGCUCUAUCCUCAAGUGCAGAUCAUCGCUCCGUGGAGGAUCCCAGAGUUUUACAAGCGCUUCCAUGGCAGGAAGGACCUGAUGGAGUACGCAGAGAAACACGGCAUUCCUGUUCCCGUCACACCGAAGGCGCCGUGGAGCAUGGAUGCAAAUCUCAUGCACAUCAGCUAUGAAUCUGGAAUUCUGGAGAAUCCAAAGAAUCACGCGCCUUCAGAUCUCUACCAGAUGACCAAGAACCCAGAAGAUUCCCCUAAAGAACCAGACGUGCUGGAGAUUGAGUUUGCUAAAGGUGUUCCAGUCAAAGUCACGCAUGUUAAGGAAGGAAAGUCUAUAGACAAGCCGCUGGAGAUCUUCUGCUAUCUGAAUGAGAUCGGUGGAAAGCAUGGCGUGGGGAGAAUCGAUAUCGUGGAGAACCGCUUCAUUGGAAUGAAGUCAAGAGGUAUCUACGAAACCCCUGGAGGAACCAUCCUGCUUCAGGCUCAUCUGGACAUCGAGACCUUCACGAUGGACCGAGAGGUUCGGAAGAUCAAACAGAGUCUCGGGAUCAAGUUCUCCGAGCUCAUCUAUAACGGGUUCUGGUACAGUCCAGAGUGUGAGUUCGUCCGUCACUGCAUUGCUAAAUCUCAGGAGAACGUGGAAGGUCGGGUGCAGCUGUCUGUCUUUAAGGGCCAGGUGUACAUCCUCGGCCGUGAGUCGCCCAAAUCGCUGUACAACGAGGAGCUGGUCAGUAUGGAUGUGCAGGGCGACUACGACCCCUGCGACGCUUCUGGAUUCAUCAAGAUCAAUGCGGUCAGGCUGCGGGAACACAACCGUCUGCAGGGAGCCGCUCAGAAGAAACUCUGAUGAUUUCUACCAGUUCAUGUCUUUUAAUCAACUGUUACAUGUAACUGUGAUGUUACAGUCUGUUACUGAUGAAAUCUGAUUAAAAACAGCCUAAACACACCAAAUCAGU